AGGUGGGCCGCGAGAAGUACAGCACCUCGGUGGUGGAGAAGACGCAAGGCUGCCCGGAAUGGUGCGAGGAGUGCUCUUUCGAGCUGCCGCCUGGAGCCCUGGAUGGCCUGCUGCGGGCACAGGAGGCAGAUGGAGCUCCUGCGCCCUGGGCCUCGGGCCCCAAUGCCUCCUGCGAGCUGGUGCUCACCACCAUGCACCGCUCGCUCAUCGGUGUGGACAAGUUUCUGGGCCGGGCCACCGUGGCUCUAGACGAGGUCUUCCGCGCAGGCCGCGCCCAGCACACGCAGUGAUUCCAACUGCACUCCAAGCCUGGCAAACAGGAGAAGGAGCGUGGUGAGAUCCAGGUGACCAUCCAGUUCACACGCAACAACCUGAGCGCCAGCAUGUUCGACCUUUCCGCGAAGGACAAGCCCCGGUCUCCAUUCAGCAAGCUCAAGGACAAGGUCAAGGGCAAGAAGAAGUAUGAGCUGGAAUCUGCCUCAGCUAUUCUCCCAAGCAGCGCCCUGGAGGACCCUGAACUGGGCAGCCUGGCCAAGAUGGGCAAAGCCAAAGGUUUCUUUCUCCGCAACAAGCUACGCAAGUCCUCGCUCACGCAGUCCAAUACCUCACUGGGCUCUGACAGCACCCUGUCCUCUACGAGCGGAAGCCUGGUCUACCAAGGCCCUGGAGCCGAGCUCCUCACGCAGUCACCAAGCCACAGCAGCUGGCUGUCCACUGAAGGGGGCAGGGACUCUACACAGUCCCCCAAGCUGCUCACUCACAAGAGGACCUAUAGUGAUGAGGCCAGCCAGCUACGUGCAGCUCCUCCCCGGGCUCUUCUUGAGCUCCAAGGCCACCUUGAUGGUGCCUCCCGCUCUUCCCUCUGUGUCAAUGGGAGCCAUGUGUACAAUGAGGAGCCUCAGCCCCCCAUACGGCACCGCAGCUCCAUCUCAGGCCCCUUCCCACCCUCAAGCACCCUACACAGUGUCCCACCCCGGCCUUCUGAAGAGGGGCCUCGGUCCUCAGAUGACUCUUGGGGCAGAGGCAGCCGUGGCACCAGCAGCUCGGAGGCCGUGCCUGGACAGGAGGAACUGAGCACUCAGGCCAAAGUGCUGGCCUUAGGGGCCAGUUGCUCUGGAGCAGAAGAGGGCACCCGGCCUCCAGAGGGAAAGCCAGUCCAGGUUGCCACACCCAUGGUGGCAUCCUCUGAGGCUAUGGCAGAGAAGGAGCGGAAGCCCCGAAUGGGGCUUUUCCAUCACCACUACCACCACCAUCACCAGGGGCUGAGCCGCCGUGGCUCAGUUGGAGAGAAAGGGAGUCCUUCUCUGGGAGCCUCCCCCCACCACUCAUCCACCGGAGAGGAAAAGGCCAAGAGUAGCUGGUUUGGCCUGAGAGAAUCCAAGGAGCCAACUCAGAAGCCCAGCCUGGACGUGUCUCCUCAGAGCAACCCCUUCUUCGAGGAGCUCAAAGCCGACAUAGCACUAAAUUCUCCUUCACCUGCUCCCUCUCUCCCCAGUGCCUCGAGGGCCAGCCUGGCCCCCCUGGCCUCCCCUGGGAAAGCCCUGCCUGAGUGGGACGACACCUUCGACAUCUUUGCUGCUGGCAGGCUGCAGCCAGAGGCCGGGAGUGAGAUUCUGGCCCCUACAGAAAUGGGGCUGGAGGAGGAUGGGCUGCAAGACCCAGGCUCUGGGACCAUGGCAGUGAAAGCAACAGAGCCCCAGAGAGAAUCUGGGGGAGGAAGAGGUGGAAGCAGCAUAAGGCUGGAGCCCAGGGUGCCUGUGGACUCAGGCCUGGACCAGGCAAGCACAAGUGUGUCUGACCCAGGACCCCUUGAGUCUUCAGGGACUGGCCCAUCUUCCAGAGCAGCCCAUUUGCACCUGCGAGCCUCAGCCCCAGCCUCAGCCUCAACACCAGACCGGGAGCUUCCUGCCUCAGAAGUGGGAGCGGGGCAGAGUCCAGCAGACAGUGGGACAUCUCUGUUCAGCUCCCCAGAAGUGCUCAGUGUGUGGGAGAGACUUCCUGGUUCAGAUGACAUUCCUGGGGGCCAGGAUGAGGAGACUCCCCAAGAUGGAAGCCAGCUUUUCCAGGAGCUGAACACAGUGGAGGAUUCCUGGCCUUGGGAUGUGAUCACCAUUUCUCCUACAGCAGAGGUUGUUUCAUCCACCAUGCAGGGAGAAUCCGAUGAGGUGCCUCCUCCCCAGGUGCAGCCUGAAUCCCCAGCUGCUGUGCACCCCGUGGAGAGCGAGGGGCACCCUGCAUUGCAGUUGGAGCUAGAGCCUGAGCAGGGAUUGGAUGAGGGGCCAUGGCCUGGCCCACCACCUCCCAAGCCACCACGCCUCUUCACACCCACAAAUUCCCAGGUGGAGGAGGAGGAAGAGGAGGAAAAAGAGGAGGAAGAGAAUAGUGGGGGGCCAGGGGUAGAAGAAGACACCACCCCACGCGAAUUGGUUGUUGGUUCCCAAGACUCCAAGGAGGAGGGGGUAAAUCCAGAGUUGGAGGAAUUGCACAGCCUGCCCUCUGGGACCCUGAUGGGUGAGCCAGAACUUGAAGAGCUGGUCGGAGAUACUGGUGCUCCUGGGUCUGGGGCCUUUCCACCUAGUCCCACCAGCUGUCUUGAGGGGCCCAUCCCCAGAUCCCGUAGCUCACCCAGCUCAACUCUUCUGAGUCAGAAGGUCUGGGGGGCUUCAGAUACAGGUGAGAGUCUUGAAACCCAGAGCCAGGAGCUAGCCAAAGAGGGGUCUGAGCUUCUGUCAGCCACUCCUCAGCAGGCUGAUCUGUGGGCCUCAGAGGAGGAGGAAGAUGCCUUGAAUCCCUUCUUACGUCAGGAGAGCCAAGAUCCCCCCAGCCUCCCAUCCGCAUCACCACCAGGGUCAAGGGAGUCCCCUGUCCACUCCAGUCCAGAAGAGCUGCCCACACCCCCAGAGCCUGCCUUCACACCUCCCCUUCUCCCACCUUGGGCCAGCCACCGCCAUGGGGUACCAGGCCCUCCAUGCCCUCCCCUGCCUGUAGCCUGGCCCUUGACCUCUUCUUCCUCACCUCCCGAGGAGUCAGCUUCACCCCUUGGCCCCCUUGAGUUCUCCCCCACUGGGGGCUCCCCUACACCAUAUGGGGAAGACCGUGCUGCAGCCACCCCAGCCUCCCCGCUUGCGCUUCUGCCCUUGGAGACACGACCAGCUGAGGAGCCCCAGCUCAGUGGCAGUCCCCAUCCUGUGAAGCCCCUCAGCGCUGCCCCUGUGGAGCCUAGCCCUGAUAGAAAACAUCCCCGCACGAGCCUGAGCACAGCCCUUAGCAGCGGACUGGAGAAGCUCAAAACUGUCACAUCUGGCAGCAUCCAGUCUGUGGUUCCAGCAUCACAGCUUGGCCCAACUGUGGACACGAAGAGGCUGAAGGACUCUGCUCUCCUGGACCAGUCAGCCAAGUACUAUCACCUGACUCAUGACGAGCUCAUUGGCCUGCUCCUGCAGCGUGAGCGUGAGCUGAGCCAGAGAGACGAGCAUGUGCAGGAGCUGGAGAGCUACAUUGACCGGCUGCUGGUGAGGAUCAUGGAGACCUCGCCCACGCUGCUGCAGAUCUCCCCGGCCCCCCACAAGUAACCCUUUGCUCCAUCCCUGGCGGGCUGGUGAGGACCUGUGUAAUGCCCUCCACUGACCACUCUCACUUGAGUUGGGCACAGCCUGCUCUCAUGGUCACUCUGUGCUCCCCUCCCCAUCCUGCCCCUACUAGGGUUGCUGGAUGGGGCCCCUUUGAACUCCCCACUACAGCCCUGGGUCUUUCCUAUCUGCUCAUUUUACACUUGUAGCUUUGGGAGCCCCUUAGAGAAUUGGAACAAGGAUGUUAGCUGUCAAGAUGAAGCAGGAGUGAGCUGUGGGUUCUGGAGUGAGCUGUGGUAUCUAGGGCAACACUGGGAUUGCCAGCACAGGUUUAAUCACUCCAUGAGGUUGGUCAGUUGUUUUUUCUUGGCCGACCCUUAAUCUCCAUGUCCCUCUAGCACCUGGAGGUUCUCCUUGAAUUGACUGGGAUUGAGAUGGGGAUCAGGCUGCUUGCUUGUCUGUGCACUGUAGACAACCAGGGCACCUACACCUCAGCCUUGUGCCUGUGCCCUAAGAGUAGGGAGCCUGUGUGUUUUAGUCUUGUUUCUCUUUCUGUCUGGGCUGUGUGUGGAGCAUGUAUACAGUGUGGUGGGAGGGG